AUGAAUUCACCGUGCCAUGCAGGUGCAGCUCUCCUUCACGAUGGGGCGCGGAUCUUCGAUCUCGCGCGCGUGGACCAGGGCGCGCGCGUGGACCAGGGCGCGCGCGUGGACCAGGGCGCGCGCGUGGACCAGGGCGCGCGCGUGGACCAGGGCGCGCGCGUGGACCAGGGCGCGCGCGUGGACCAGGGCGCGCGCGUGGACCAGGGCGCGUGCGUGGACCAGGGCGCGCGCGUGGACCAGGGCGCGCGCGUGGACCAGGGCGCGCGCGUGGACCAGGGCGCGCGCGUGGACCAGGGCGCGCGCGUGGACCAGGGCGCGCGCGUGGACCAGGGCGCGUGCGUGGACCAGGGCGCGCGCGUGGACCAGGGCGCGCGCGUGGACCAGGGCGCGCGUGUGGACCAGGGCGCGUGCGUGGACCAGGGCGUGCGCGUGGACCAGGGCGCGCGCGUGGACCAGGGCGCGUGCGUGGACCAGGGCGCGCGCGUGGACCAGGGCGCGCGCGUGGACCAGGGCGCGCGCGUGGACCAGGGCGCGCGCGUGGACCAGGGCGCGUGCGUGGACCAGGGCGCGUGCGUGGACCAGGGCGCGUGCGUGGACCAGGGCGCGCGCUUCGACCAUGUCGCGUAUGCUGAUAGCGCACCAAGCAGCAACCCACCUUAUACAGUCACGCACCAUCCAGCACCAAGCAACCAUCCCACCUCUUGA